AAUGCUAUAAUAUGUUAGAGACGUGUUUAAUGAUACAAUAAUAUUCUGGUUAAGGGUAUAUUUUUGUGAAAAUCACGUGCGAUUUCAAUCUUUAAUGCUUUAGUUAAAUAUUUAAAAAUAUGUUAACAUAAAUAAUUUUUGUGAACUCUGAAUUUUAGAAUAUGAAUGUUGUUUUUGUAUUUGAAUAUUAAAAGCAAUUUGUAGAAGACCAACGGCAGAUUGUGAAAGAAGGCACCCGUGUAUCGUUCCAUGUUUAAAUUUGAAAAAUUCGAAUAACUACCAUAGCUGGAAGUUUAAUUAUUCGAGUGGUGUAACUACAGUCUAAAACGCAUAGGUGUAAGACCAUUUUCGCUAUUAAGUACAUAUGUUAACGUGUUUAGUAUUUGUAGUUAGUUACACUACAUACUAGAAUAUACCCAUCCCUAAUAAACAAUAAUAACCUUUAUAUUAUAAAAUCAACGAUGCUUCUUGACGUUCUUCAAAUUAAUUAAAAAAUGUUAACCUCUAUUUUUCGAAGUAUAUGCCGAAAACAUUAAUACAAUUUUAAUGAAAAUCUUAGAUCGGCGAGUUCAGAUCAUUUUUAACCUAAUUAGAAAUAGGUCCAUCCGACCAUGGCGUUACCGUGCUGCAAAAUACUCUGAAAUCAAGAGUCUUGGUAUUAUAAUUUGUUUGUACUUAAAACAAACAUACUCACGAAUCACGCGAUGUUUAUUUUAAUCGUAUUUUAUACUAAAUGAAUGAUAGUAACAACAACCUUUCUUUUUCAAAUGUACGACGUGCUGUGCCCUGGGAGUGUCUGUGGGCUGUGGUCAUAUAACUAAAAAAAUCAAUAAACACAUGAAUGCUCAACGCACCAACUCCGCAGGCCACAGCGGGAGGCAUUAGUCGCGGACUUUAAGCUGCGUAAAAUUACACGAGUUACACUUACAAAUUAAGAUUUUAAAUCAUUUUAAUUAAUUACAACAUCCGGUAAGUUUAUAUACAUUUAAUUGUACAUACAGAUACCGUAUAACGCCCUAACAACAAAUACCUAAUAAUAAAACGUAUUGAUGUAUAUCGAAAUAAAUUGUAUGGAAACGCUAAAAAAUAGGUGUUAUUAAUUAUUAUUCAAUGUAUUUUAUAAUAUGCGUAUGUACACGUGUGUAUCUUUGCCUUUGCAAAGGUUCGUUUUGCAUGUCAGGCCAACCAUGAGGCGUUUAUCGUCGCAUCAUGGCGGUAAUGAAAAGGCAAAGGGUUCGAGUAUUUCGACACACGCCAUCCACGAGAAUUUGGGGUUGGCUGGUCAGAGUGCUGCCGUUCCUGUUGGUGUUGCUCGUAGUUAUCGCCAUGUGCUUCAUAGCUAUAACUCACAUACCAACUGCAAUGCAAAAGCGCAGUCUAUCAAUAAAAAAUUCCGCCCGAGUAACAAAAUUAAAAUCAGAUCAAGUUAACAAUGUGCCGAACAAUGAUUUUCAAUUGGAACGUUUAAUUAAGACAAAACCAGAAAGUGUUAGUUUAUUUGUUGCUCGCUUGAAGAACGAAGCGAGGGGAUAUUGUUCGAAAAAACUUAUGGAGCUUAAAAAGAGUAUAGAAAAAACAAAACUAUUAGCAGAAACAUAUGAAUCUUGCCGUCCAAAAUCAUGGUGUCCUAAAAUUCCACCAAUUUUAUAUGGUGCUGAACAAUUAAGUAGUGCUGUGAUCAAUAUGACUAAAGAGGAAAUCAUUGAUGCGGUUGGUGCAAUGAACAUAGGUGGCUCCUGGGCACCCGAAGAUUGUAAAGCUAGGCAUUCUGUUUGUAUCAUAAUACCUUACAGGGAUAGACAGGAUCAUUUAUGGACACUACUUCAUAGACUUAUACCAGUGCUUAAACGACAGCAGCUGGAUUUCAAAAUAUUUGUUGUUGAACAGGUCAGUAAUGCAACUUUCAAUAAAGGAGCUAUAAUGAAUGCAGCGUUUUUGACUAUCUACCGUACUUAUGGUUUACGGAAUAUAGAUGAUUGGCAUAAAGGAUUGUACGGCUGUUAUAUUUUUCAUGAUGUUGACAUGCUACCUGAAGAUGACCGGAAUAUGUACAGUUGCUCAGAAUUUCCUAAACAUUUAUCAGUAGCAGUGAACGAGUUUAAAUAUCAAUUACCUUACCACAAGUUAGUUGGGGGUGUGUUUAACAUACGACCUCAUCAUUAUUUUCAAGUAAAUGGAUAUUCCAACCUUUUUUGGGGGUGGGGAGGAGAAGAUGACGAUAUGGGAUAUAGAUUAGAACAAGUUGGUCUACCGAUCACUCGACCACCAACUCAUUUUGGACGGUAUACAAUGGUUAAACACAUCAAGCGCAAGCCUCUUGCUCAUGCUGUUCGUUUAAAAUUAGUCCAUACCAGCCAAAAGCGUUAUAAAUAUGACGGUUUGAACACAUUAAAGUAUGAAGUUUUUAAUGUUGAAUCAGAAAAAUUAUAUACAAGGAUAUUGGUUGAUGUUGGAGACAUGCCUGAUUAUGUUAGAUCAUUCGAAGCAAAACGGACUGUUCUUAAGAAAAAGUGGAAAUAAAUACUAUAAUGCUAAGACUGGUGCAGGCAAUGUGAACUUUAAAAUCGUAUAUGGCACAACCAAAAGUUACAGAAAUAUUUUUUUAGUUUUCAAAGAGGAGUAUGUUAGUGUUAAGAGAGAGAGGUAGGCAUGGGCUAUUUUCAAAUUAAGGAGGCCAAAUGACUGAUGCACCUAUGUCCAGAAAUACAAAUUUAUUAAUUUUUUGUCUUUAAUUUAUUGUUUAAUUUUUAAUUUAAAUGUAAAUCAUUAAAUCAUCACAAAUUAAGCAUAUUAUUUUGUUCUCUUGGCACUUUAAGUACUGGCCAUUGUAUUCAAUGUUCGGCUAUGUUUAUAAUUAUACGCAUAGGACCGUUAUCAAUAUAUACAUAAAUUAUUUUUUCUGCUUCAAAGCUAUUUUUGUAAUUUUUUUCCCUAGCUGAUAUUUUGUGCGGCGUGCCAGUUGUAUCUUAUGAACUGUGAAAAAGUAUUGAUUGUCUUUAUUUAAAUCUAAUUACUCAUUAAUCGUGUAGAUAUAUUUAUUUAAUAUGUACAAUAGAUUUGAAUUACCAGUUAAAAAAAAAAA